AUGCGAGAACUCGGGCUUUACGUGGCAGCGUCGGGCCUCCAGGUGUCCGGCGGGCGGUGGACACCAGGGGGCGCCAGGGGGCAGCCUCGCGAUCGUCCUGCCAGGCUCGUUUCCGGCGGCGCAGGCGCAGGAGGCCGCGAGCCCUGCCGGGGUCCGCAGGAAAUCACAGAGGAUAACAACACGGAAAUGAAGCCCCAGGAUGGUAGAAGGAGUCCCCGCCACAGGGAGGUGCCCCCGGUUGUGGGGCUGCUGCUGGCCUUGGCUGUCAUGAACGCGCUCCUCUACCUCUGCCUCGAUCGCUUCUUCAUCGCCCCUCGGCGUUCUGCCCCGGACCCCCGGCACUGCCCCUCCGGUCACUUCAGAGUGGGGCGGAUGAACAACUGCUCCGCGUGGCUGUCCUGUGAGGAGCUGAGGACAGAAGUGCGGCAGCUGAAGCGUGUUGGGGAGGGAGCCGUGAAGAGAGUCUUUCUUUCGGAGUGGAAGGAACGCAAAGUCGCUCUCUCACGGCUCACCAGUCUGGAGAUGAAAGACGAUUUCCUCCACGGACUGCAGAUGCUGAAAUCUCUGCAGAGUCAACACGUGGUCACGCUGCUUGGCUUCUGUGAAGAGGACAACACUAUUCUCACUGAGUACCACCCCUUAGGGUCGUUGAGCAGCCUGGAAGCGACGCUCAACCUUUCCAAGUACCAAACGGUGAACACCUGGCAGCAGCGGCUGCAGCUGGCCAUGGACUACGUGGGCAUCAUCCACUACCUGCACCACAGCCCCCUGGGCACGCGGGUCAUGUGCGACUCCAGCGACCUGCCCAAGACGCUGUCCCAGUACCUGCUGACCAGUAACUUCAGCAUCGUGGUGAACGACCUGGACGCCCUGCCCCUGGUGAACCGCAGCGCCGGGGCGUUGGUGAAGUGCGGCCACAGGGAGCUUCACGGGGAUUUUGUGGCUCCGGAGCAGCUGUGGCCCUAUGGAGAGGACGUGCCUUUUCGCGACGAUCUCAUGCCCUCGUACGACGAGAAGAUCGACAUCUGGAAGAUUCCCGACGUCUCCAGUUUCCUUUUGGGGCACGUCGAAGGGAGCGAUAUGGUCCGAUUCCAUUUGUUCGAUAUUCAUAAGGCCUGUAAGAGCCAGACUCCUGCAGAGAGGCCCACUGCGCAGGCCGUUCUGGACACUUACCAGAAGGUUCUGAGUUUACUCAGAGACACCGUGACGUCUCAGACCAGAGAAAUGCUAUGAAGACUAGUCCGGUCAGUGAAGGGUGCAAGUUAAGGAACAAGUGGAACCGUUACAGCAGUUCUGCUCUGACAGUGAGCUUGCUGCUGUUCAGCCAGGUGGCUCUUCCUCUGUACCCAUGUGCACAUGUGAGCGGCUGCCUCUGCUGGCCACCUGGGCGGAAAUUGCUAAGCCAGAGCAACCGACUUCAUCUAAGUCUGGCUUCACUUCUAACACUGAUCUCUCCCAGGAGAAGAUGCAGAGAAGCAGUGAAUCUGACCCGUAUCUGAAGGAAGUAACUACAGAAAGAUGUAGCUGCAAAGAGCCUUUCCCUGUCCUAAUAACUGAGUUUGUAAGCUUGUAAGAAAGAUAGAUAGAGAAGAUUUUUAAAUGGCAGUAUAUGAAAGAAACAUAGAAAGUUCUCCAAAGAAUUUUCUUUCCUCUUUUUUAGAUGGUAAUCAACAUACCAGGUCCUGGGAGUAUCCCUGGUCUGCUUCACUUUUAUGGGUGAGGCCACUCUUACUGUUUUAUAUGAUUGCUCUGUGAAGCUCCAGUGCCAUCCUCCUUCCUAGGAGCUUAAGAAGAACUAUGAUGGCAUGCUCUUUGAAAUUUGUUUUUAAAUAUAUUUCUACUGGAGGCCCAGUGCAUGA